GCAUCACUCCGCGCUUUCAACGACCGGCUGGUCUGGACAUGCCGCAACUGCCCGACCCACGUGUCUCCCACACCAUUGAAAUCGAGUUCAGUGAAUGCGGCGGAGAUAACCCCGAGGCCUAUCGGGUUGUGCAUGAGCAACGUGGAUCCCGCCGGUUCUUGCGCCUUCCCGAUCUGGGUGCGUGCAAGGGGGUCGCCGCGGCGUUCGAGGCAGCUUCGCCCAAGAAACGCAUAUAUAUCCAGGCCCGCUUCGAUCCGGUCUGGAUGUCUUGGACACCUCUGCUCAUCUGAGACCUCCAAAAUGGAUUCCUUCGUUCACCUCACCACCGUCACCUGCCAGGACACUGCACAAUCCAAGAUUCGUAACAUCUACCAGGUCUACAUCAACGCUGCCGAUCUCAGCGGACCUACACCCAAGAGUGAUCUCAAGGCCCAAUGGCACCAGUUCUUCAAGGUCAUGACCACUUGCGUCUCCCCAGUGGAAAUCGUUGCACAGGUCACCGAGCGCACCCUCGCAGCAGCUACCCGCAUCGGCAUCGACACUAUCGACGAUCAGGUUGCCGUCGCUCGAGUCCGUCUUGAGCCUGCCUUCUUUGACCAAUACUUCAAGCACCUUCGUACCGAGCCCCUAGACGACAAGGAGAACACUCUCGGGUUGAUCAAGGCCAUGUUUUCGAUCAAGGGAUGGGGAGCCGCCACCAAACGCUCGGCUCAAGGUUUCAGAACGAUCAAGGCACUCGAGGACAAGGGUCACAUCCCCUCCAUGAUCGCCAUGAUCGAGCAUUACAUCGCGGCCGAGAAAUACAUCAAUGUAUUCGAGCUCAGCACCAAACUCGCAGCCAAGGGUAACAUCCAGGGCCAUCACUUCCUGGGCUGGACUCAUUUCCAUGGCAAGGGAACUCCCCAAAGCUACACACUCGCAGUCAAGCAUUUCAACAUUGCCGUCGGGUCCAACCACCGCUGCUCACAGAAGAUCCUCGGCGACUGCCAUUUUUACGGCCUCGGUGUUGUCCAGAGCUACCAACUGGGUGAACUCUACAGGAACGGUCUUGGAAUCGAUACCGACGUCAAGAGUGCUCUCCUGUGGUACGACCUGGCCAGCAACGGUGGAAACAUCGAUGCCUGUCGGACCCUGGGUGAGAUCUACCUCACCGGCACUAUCACCCCUGCCGACGCCACCAAGGGCUAUCCCAAGGCGUGCUACUUGAUGGGUGAAAUCUACCUAUUACUGGCCGCCUACGGAGUCGAAAGGAUUACGACCAAGGCGACACCCCUCUUCCACAUUGCAGCCCUCUCUGGACAAGACUCGGAUGCCGAGCCGGUUUAUUGGUACAAAAAGUCUGCCAACAACGACAACCCAAACGGCCGGUUCGGGCUCGCUCGGAUGAUGCUCAAGGGAGCUGGUGGCAUCAAGAAGAAUGUCCAGGGUGCGAUCGAUACCCUCGUUGCGUCGGCAGCACAAGGUCACCCUGGUGCUUCCUACGUUCUUGGCACUCUCUGGGAAACCAAGGCCAUUACCGAGCCAGGCAAGGAUAAUUACCAAGAAGCUAUACACCUCUUCACUGUCGCAGCCAACGGUGGCUAUCACGAAGCUCAAGCCCGCCUUGGCAACAUAUACUUCCAGGGAGACCGAGUCUCCGUGGACUUUACCAAGGCAUUCAAGCUUCUCUUGGCCGCAAGCGAUUCGGACGAAGACAAUGUCAUCAAACAGACCCACAAUCUCGGCGAGUGUUAUCUGCAUGGCUUCGGGGUCCGUCGCGAUGUCCCCAUGGCCAUCGUUGCUUUUGAGCGCGCAGCCAACGCUGGAAACACCGAGUCCCAGUAUCAGCUCGGCGUCAUCCAUACCCGUCCUGGGUCGUAUGGAUGGUAUACCGACUACAAUAUCGCAGCCAAAUGGCUCACUAUGGCGAGCACCAAGAACCACGCCGAAGCCCAGUUUGAACUCGCCGAACUCCAUUUCUACGGCCGAGGCAUGACGGAGCCCGAUACGAAAACCGCCAUUGUACUCUAUCAAAAGGCCGUCGAUAACAACUGCGAGAAGGCUCAGUUUAUUCUUGGCUUUCGUUAUUCUUUUGGCGCUAAUGACAUUCCAAAAGACCCAUCUACGGGCUUGGAGUACCUCAAGCAGGCACACGCCAGAGGUCAUUCAAAUGCCACUGCCGCCAUUGGAAUGCAUCAUUAUUAUGGUACUGCUGGCUGCACAAAGGACUGUGAGAGAGCACUUACCCUCUUCAACGACAGCGCUGCCCGGGGCUCCGCUCUCGGUCACUUUUGGGUCGGUAUGUUCUUUUACGGUGGUAUUGUUGUGGAUCAAAACUUUGAUAUCGCGUACAGCCACUUUACCAAAGCUGCUUGCAUGAGAUUUGCACCAGCGUUCAGAGCUAUUGCACGUUAUCAUGAACUUGGGUUGGGUGGAUUCCCAGUAUGCUUGUUGAGUGCUCGAGACCGUUACCGCACGGCCGCCCGUCUAGGUGACACCGGUGGUGCUGAAAAAUUCAAGGCCUUGUCUGCUCAGCUUCGUGUUUGCGAUUCCUUCGACCCUAUCGAUGAGAUUGACCCAUUCACUGAAUAAAGGUUUGAGUCCUUACACCGACAGGACCUGUACAUGAUAAGUAAUCGUGGCACCGGAAGGCGAGUUGACCAGUGUCUGGAAUCCCAGAGUGGGCUGGCCGUUCGCAGGCCAUGUAAUCUCUAGCGACUCACCAUUCGAUCCCUUUGCACUGCUGAGUCGUUGCACGGUGCCAGAGAUACCAGAGCGAGCACUCAUGAUGAAGGUGGCAGCCGCUCCGCUGGACACAUUGUCACGGACAAGGAUCAUGUAGCUGCCGUGAGUGGUGGU